CGAAUCGUGCCAUCUUGGAUUCACGGACAUCGGCUAUUAUUGUCGCGGCUUUUGCCGACCUCACGAGUCAUUUUUGAAAUUUGAAGAAACCGCCGAAGGAGAAUUUGCUCGCCUGAAGUAUUGCAUACAAUUUUUUUAAAUACAAGUGAAUAGUAACGAUACGCGCGAUGCAGAGUGGGGGAGAAACGGCAAUUGGGAGCGAGACAAAUGGCGCUGCGAAGAGAACGUCAUCAGUCUCGUCAACGUAUCAGUUGAAGGAGGACGAAUUUGCGAAACAGCAGCAAUCACCACAGCGAACGUGCAGUAGUGACGGCGUCAUGGUUAAACAGAACGGCGAGGAAUAUGAGGAGGGUGCACAGGAGCGAAUGCUCAAGGAUGACAGCACCCAAAAAAUCGCCAAAGACUCCACAGAGGUAAAAUUUAUCUCUGAAAAUGGCGAUGCCAAGAUUGAUAUUGGAGUGAUAAACCAGGCAUCUGCAAUGGGCAAGGAAGAACUGAUGAAAUUCGUUAAUGAUCCAUUCUGGGUGAGAAUGAGAUGGAUCUUGUUUAUUGGCUUCUGGUUACUUUGGGCUGCAAUGUUGGCUGGUGCUAUAGCCAUUAUCGUGAUGGCGCCGAAAUGUUCGGCACCUGAACCAAAAAAACUGUGGGAAGAAAGUCCCAUUGUUCAGUUGGAUAAUUUGGAUAAUCCUACCAAACAAUUGAAAGAAUUAGAACCUAUACUGUAUGAGCUGAAAGAUCUAAACGUUAAAGCUAUAUCUCUCUCAUCUUUGAUAAAACGAAGUUCGGAUGGAGGGAUCGAAGAUUAUAGAGCCAUCCAACGAGAAUUUGGAGACAUCAGCGACUUGGAGGCUCUUAUUAAGGUGGCGAACACAGAGGGUCAACAAAUCUUCCUCGAGUUGGAUCCUAAUCAUUCCUCCGUACAGCAUCCGUGGUUUAAACGAUCGGUUGAAAAGCAAGAACCAUUCACGUCCUAUUAUGUUUGGGCUAAUGGAAUAAUGGAUGGUGGGAAGAGAAAACCUCCCAAUAAUUGGUUGAGUGUAUACGGCGAAUCUGCAUGGGAGUGGAAUGAGCAGAGAGGUCAAUAUUAUCUUCAUCAAUUCAAUAAGACGCAACCCGACUUGAAUUAUAACAAUUCAGCAGUAGUGAAAGAAUUUGGAGAUAUUCUGACUCACUGGCUGAAGUUAGGAAUUAGUGGUUUCCGUCUGGCAAACACUCAGUACUUAACAGAAGAUCCGGAUCUUCGCGAUGAGUCUAGGAGUCAUCUUGCGAUAGAAUUUAACAAUUAUCAAUCGCUGACGCACGUACACACGCGCGGUCGGGCAGAGAACGCAGCGAUCCUGAUGAAAUGGCGAGGCAUCGUUCACAACGCAACUGACGGGAAAGGAUUAUUUGCAUUGCAAGAUGAUAUUGGCGCCGAUAUAUUGCAUGUAUACAAUCUGAAGGACACACUGAUCGAUCUACCACAGAGUUCACACUUCCUCACUGCUGCUAAUUUUAGCAUAAACGCCACAACGCUACACAAAAGUAUAUCACAGUGGAUCGAGAUUGCGCCAUGGCCCGCAUGGAACGUAAAUGGCAAAGUGCACUCUAUACGAGAACGUAUGCCUCGUGACGUCGCAGACAGCAUAACGUUAAUGACGAUGUUAUUACCGGGUACGCCGAUUUUCCGGUUGAGCGACGUCAGAUCCACGAAGGAUGCGUUUAAAAUUCUCUCAAACGCUCGAACUACCCCGACAUUCCUCUAUGGGAAUACAAUGACCAGAAUUGUACAAAAAGACGUCUUUGUAUAUACAAGGAUUGGAUUAAAAAGUGGUAAUCCGGGAUAUCUGGUAGCAUAUCAUACAGGAAAUGAUAACAUCACCAUAGAUUUAUCGAGUAUACCACACAUAUCAGAAGAAGUCAACAUAGUUGCAUAUAGUUCCAACUAUGCUCAAGGCUUAGAAGUAACGAAAAAAUUAUUCUCAGACAGAGUGCCCAUAACAGCACAAAGUGUGGUAGUUCUAACGUUUGUGCAAAAGGAAUAACUUCUACCAAGAAUUACACGAUGCAUUUUAAGUGCAAAAACAACGAUAUAUAUGAUACGUCAUUUUCGCUUCGAUAUGCAAACAAAUGUGUGUAAUUUACGUAUUAAUAUCAAUAAUGCAUUGUUCUGUACGAAGCACGCUCAAUUGUUACUCACGAUUAAAUCAGUCGAGUCAGUUUACCAAAACCAUUAAAAUAUAUACAUGCGUUUGUUUUUGUGAUGUACAUUGAUGUUAUUAUAUAAUUUACAUGUGAUUAAAUUUCGUAACGUGAUACCGCAAAUAAUGCAGUUUCGGAAUAUCGUAAUAUCCCGCGUUAAAUGUACAUGCGCAUGGAUUAAUCGUAGUAAAUUAAUUAACAUAUCAAACAAUAUUUCAAUAAUAUGACAAUAUAAAUUGUUCGCCAAUAUAAUAGUCGAUUAAUCUCACUUGAUAAAUGAAAAAAAAAGUUACAAAAUUUAUAUAUGUCAGAGCGUGCUAGAAUACAGAAAGAGUUUAUCUUAAUAUAUAAAUGAUGUGUGUACAAGUAUUGCAAUGAAAUAUAUGCAUAUAUCGCAAGCAAA